UAAAGGCCCGGGGAGCCCGCCGGGCCCAGGGAGCGGCAGCGAGUAUGGCCACUUCGGAGCUGAGCUGCCAGGUGUCGGAGGAGGACCAGGAGCGGCGGGAGGCCUUCUGGGCCGAGUGGAAGGACCUGAGCCUGUCCACACGGCCCGAAGAGGGCUGCUCCCUGCACGAGGAGGACGCCCUGCGGCAUGAGACCUACCACCGGCAGGGCCAGUGCCAGGCGCUGGUGCAGCGGUCACCCUGGCUGGUGAUGCGGAUGGGCAUCCUGGGCCGCGGGCUGCAGGAGUACCAGCUGCCCUACCAGCGGGUGCUGCCGCUGCCCAUCUUCACGCCCGCCAAGGUUGGGGCUGCCAAGGAGGAGCGCGAGGAGACCCCCGUCCAGCUGAGGGAGCUGCUGGCGCUGGAGACGGCCCUGGGCGGCCAGUGCCUGGAUCGCCAGGACGUGGCCGAGAUCACCAAGCAGCUGCCACCCGUGGUGUCCGUCAGCAAGCCAGGGACCCUGCGGCGCACGCUGUCCCGGUCCAUGUCCCAGGAGGCGCAGAGAGGCUGAGGAGCGGGUGACGCCAGCUCCGCCGUGCCUGCCCCGGGCAGGGCCCUUCCUGGCUGGGGCCGUGGAGGGAGCUGCUGGCCGUGGGUGCUUUGUAGUUUGCCCAGAAUGGGGGCUGGGAGGAGGGAGCCAGAGGCCAGGACGCCUGGGUUGCCUGAGCUCCCCAAGACAGGAGGGCAAGGAUGGUGGGCACUGGGGGUGGCCUCGGCCCCAGGAGAACGGACAAGGGACGCUGGUGAUGUCGCUGGGGGUGGCAGUGCUGUGGAGGUCGGAGCCUCAAGGGAGGCCUGAGCCAGACUGGAAGGCUCCAGAAAGCAGCGGGUGGAGACAGGUGGGGGACGUGCAGAGAGCAGAGGCAGGCAGCCCGGCACCCUCUUAGCGCUGCAAUAAAUGCUCAGCCGCG